AUGGCGGACGGCAAGCGGGCGGUGGACUCCAGCAGAGUCUGGACGACACUGAUAACAAAUCUGGACUACCUGCCGGGACUCUUGACGCUGGACUACGCGCUACGGAAGCACAAGUCCAAGUACCCGCUCGUGGCGCUGUACACGGACACCUUCCCUGAGUCUGGCCGCACUGCGCUUGCGUCGCGGGGCAUCGCUGCACAGCGCAUCGAGUACCUGCUCCCAACCAAGUCGAGCCGGGACUACAGCGAGGACCCGCGCUUCUACGACUGCUGGAGCAAGCUGACGCCCUUCUCGUUGGAGCAGUACGAGCGAGUGGUGCAGCUCGACUCGGACAUGCUGGUGCUGCAAAACAUGGACGAGCUGAUGGAGAUGGAGCUGGACGCGCCCGAGGUGUCGGCUGCGGGCGGCCCCGACUCCAAGAGGGUGUUUGCCGCCAGCUACGCCUGCGUCUGCAACCCGCUUAAGCGUGCGCACUACCCCAAGGACUGGGUUCCCGAGAACUGCGCCUUCACGACCCAGCAUGGAGAACCGGACAAGGCGCAGGUUGAAGGGGCGGACCCGGCCAAGGUGCCGCUGCCGAUCCUCAACGGGGGCCUGCAGGUGGUGAACCCGUCGCGGAUCCUGUUCCAGCAGAUCGUGGACCACAUGGAGAACAAUGCGGCGUCGCUCGACUUUGCGGACCAGUCGCUGCUCUCUGAGCUGUACCGGGACCGCUGGGUGGCGCUGCCCUACGUUUACAACGCACUCAAGACGCUGCGGUGGCCCGGGGUGCACGAUGCCAUCUGGCGCGACGACAAGGUCAAGAAUGUGCACUACAUCCUGACCCCAAACCCGUGGGAGCAGCUGGACGCAGAAGGGAAUACCAAGAGUGAGGAGGAGACGAUGGGAUGGUGGGCCGAUGUGAACAAGGAGAGGAGGGAGGUAGAGAAGACGAGGGGAAUUGAUGACGGCUUUUAG